CAAAGAGAGAAGAGAGAAGAGAGAAUCAUUGAAACGAAACAAUGGCCGUCUCAUCAUUCCAGUGCCCUACGAUCUUCUCCUCAUCCUCCAUCUCCGGCUUUCAAUGCCGUUCUGAUCCAGAUCUCGUCGGUUCUCCCGUCGGUGGAUCAUCUCGCCGCCGUGUCAAUGCCACCGCCGGGAUUUCUUCCUCAUUCACCGGAGACGGUGGAUUAUCCUCCAGGAUCUUGAGAUUUCCUCCUAAUUUCGUCCGUCAGCUGAGUAUUAAAGCCCGUAGAAACUGUAGCAACAUCGGUGUUGCACAGAUCGUGGCUGCUAAGUGGUCCAACAACCCUUCCUCCGGGUUACCUUCGGCGGCGGCGGCGGCUGCUGCCUCGUCUGCAUCUGCGGUUUCUUCCGCCGCAUCUGCAGCCGCAGCCUCGUCCGCCGCCGCCGCCCCUGUGGCUGCCGCUCCUCCCGUCGUCGUGCUGAAAAGCGUCGACGAGGAGGUUGUGGUGGCCGAGGAGGGGAUUAGGGAGAAGAUAGGUAGUGUACAGUUGACGGAUUCCAAACAUUCAUUCUUGAGCUCCGAUGGGAGCCUCACUGUUCAUGCCGGUGAAAGAUUAGGUCGUGGUAUAGUGACGGAUGCUAUCACUACUCCUGUAGUCAACACAUCUGCCUAUUUCUUCAAGAAAACUGCUGAGCUUAUUGACUUCAAGGAGAAAAGGAGUGUGAGUUUCGAGUAUGGUCGUUAUGGUAACCCUACGACUGUGGUACUUGAAGAGAAGAUAAGUGCACUUGAAGGAGCUGAAUCAACAUUGGUUAUGGCAUCUGGGAUGUGUGCAAGUACUGUUAUGCUUUUGGCAUUGGUUCCUGCCGGUGGACACAUUGUGACAACUACUGAUUGCUACAGGAAGACAAGGAUCUUCAUGGAGAAUUUUCUUCCCAAGUUGGGGAUCACUGUCACUGUGAUUGAUCCUGCUGAUAUCGCAGGGCUUGAAGCUGCAGUGAAUGAGUUCAAGGUUUCUCUGUUUUUCACGGAGUCCCCCACAAACCCAUUCCUUAGAUGUGUCGACAUUGAGCUAGUUUCAGAAAUAUGCCACAAAAGGGGAACUCUUGUUUGCAUUGAUGGCACCUUUGCAACACCUCUGAAUCAAAAAGCCCUUGCUCUUGGUGCUGACCUUGUUGUGCACUCUGCUACAAAGUACAUUGGAGGACACAAUGAUGUGCUUGCUGGAUGCAUCUGUGGUUCACUGAAGUUGGUUUCAGAAAUUCGCAAUCUGCAUCAUGUGUUGGGAGGCACACUUAACCCAAACGCUGCGUACCUAAUCAUCCGAGGCAUGAAGACAUUGCAUCUUCGUGUACAGCAACAGAAUUCGACCGCUUUUAGAAUGGCCGAAAUUUUAGAGGCACAUCCUAAGGUGAGUCAUGUGUACUAUCCAGGCCUUCCAAGUCAUCCCGAACAUGAACUCGCCAAGCGACAAAUGACUGGUUUUGGAGGUGUGGUCAGUUUCGAGAUUGAUGGAGACAUUGAAACGACAAUCAAGUUUGUGGAUUCUCUAAAGAUUCCUUACAUCGCACCAUCUUUCGGUGGCUGCGAAAGCAUUGUUGACCAACCUGCUAUCAUGUCCUACUGGGAUCUGCCGCAAGAGGAGAGGCUAAAGUAUGGAAUCAAAGAUAACUUGUUCGGAGUUAUGCUUCUGUCAGCACUUUUAACUUCAGUGGGAAUCAAUCUUGGCCUCUGUUUUCUCUUCUUCACUUUGUAUUCAAUAUUGAGAAAGCAGCCUAGCAAUGUCACUGUAUACGGUCCACGUCUUGUUAAAGACGGCAAAUCUCAGCAGUCAAAUGAGUUUAACCUCGAGAGGCUUUUGCCUACGGCUGGUUGGGUCAAAAGAGCGUUGGAACCUACCAAUGAUGAAAUCCUCUCCAAUCUUGGCUUAGAUGCUUUGGUCUUCAUUCGUGUCUUUGUCUUCAGUAUACGAGUGUUUAGCUUUGCUUCUGUGGUUGGGAUCUUUAUACUUCUUCCAGUGAAUUAUAUGGGCACAGAGUUUGAAGAGUUUUUCGAUCUGCCAAAGAAGUCUAUGGAUAACUUCAGUAUUUCUAAUGUUAACGAUGGAUCAAAUAAGCUGUGGAUCCACUUUUGCGCAAUAUACAUCUUCACGGCAGUUGUUUGCUCUCUACUUUACUAUGAGCACAAGUACAUUUUAACAAAGCGGAUUGAUCAUCUUUAUUCAUCAAAGCCUCAGCCACAAGAAUUUACAGUUCUGGUCAGUGGCGUCCCUCUUGUAUCCGGGAACAGUAUUAGUGAGACAGUAGAAAACUUUUUCAGGGAAUAUCAUUCUUCCUCGUAUCUUUCUCAUAUAGUUGUUCAUCGGACAGACAAGUUAAAAGUUCUCAUGAAUGAUGCUGAGAAGCUGUACAAGAAGCUUACACGAGUAAAAUCCGGAAGCAUAUCUCGCCAGAAUUCUGGGCGGGUUGGGUUUUUGGGGAUGUUUGGGAAUAAUGUUGACCAUUACCAAAAGAAGCUUGAGAAGUUAGAAGAUGACAUGAGAUUGAAACAGUCUUUAUUAGCAGGAGAGGAAGUUCCAGCGGCUUUUGUUUCCUUUAGGACAAGACAUGGUGCUGCAAUAGCAACAAACAUUCAGCAAGGAAUAGAUCCAACACAAUGGCUAACUGAGGCAGCCCCGGAGCCUAAAGAUGUUCAUUGGCCAUUUUUCACUGCAUCGUUUGUGAGAAGAUGGAUCUCCAAUGUAGUGGUGCUCGUCGCUUUCGUAGCUCUUUUAAUCCUAUACAUUGUUCCUGUUGUAUUGGUUCAAGGUCUUGCUAAUCUUCACCAGUUAGAGACUUGGUUCCCUUUUCUAAAAGGCAUAUUAAAUAUGAAAAUCGUGAGUCAAGUGAUUACGGGAUAUCUUCCGAGUCUAAUUUUCCAGCUUUUCCUUCUUACAGUACCACCCAUUAUGCUUCUACUUUCCUCCAUGCAAGGAUUCAUUUCUCAUAGCCAGAUCGAGAAAUCGGCAUGUAUCAAGCUUCUAAUCUUUACCGUAUGGAACAGUUUCUUUGCAAAUGUACUGUCCGGAUCUGCUCUUUAUCGUGUUAAUGUGUUCCUUGAACCUAAGACUAUUCCUCGUGUGCUUGCUGCAGCUGUGCCAGCACAGGCAUCGUUCUUUGUAUCUUAUGUUGUGACCUCUGGAUGGACUGGUUUAUCAUCAGAGAUCCUCCGUUUGGUUCCUCUUCUUUGGAGUUUUAUAACAAAACUUUUCGGCAAGGAAGAUGACAAAGAAUUUGAGGUUCCUUCAACUCCUUUCUGUCAAGAAAUCCCAAAGAUUCUAUUUUUUGGACUUCUCGGUAUAACGUACUUCUUCCUUUCGCCAUUGAUACUACCGUUCUUGUUGGUCUACUAUUGUCUUGGAUAUGUCAUCUACCGCAACCAGCUCCUAAACGUAUAUGCGGCCAAGUAUGAAACUGGUGGAAAGUUUUGGCCAAUAGUACACAGCUACACUAUCUUCUCUUUGGUACUAAUGCACAUUAUUGCAGUCGGAUUAUUUGGGCUUAAAGAGCUUCCAGUGGCAUCUUCUUUAACAAUUCCCCUUCCGAUUCUGACCAUCCUUUUCAGCAUUUACUGCCAAAGACGGUUUUUACCAAAUUUCAAAUCUUAUCCUACCCAGUGUCUAGUAAACAAAGACAAAGCAGACGAGAGAGAGCAAAACAUGUCUGAAUUCUAUUCGGAACUCGUUGUUGCUUACCGAGAUCCUGCACUUCCGGCAUCACAGAACUCACGAGACAUCUCACCUUAAGAUCCUCCACUUCUCCAGUCACGUCAAGCCUGAGAAGAAGAAAACCUUUUUAUUUGAGCUUUUGAAGUUUGCUUAUGUUGAUUGAAGCUGUUAGCUUUACUAUACCUGGUUCAAUACAUGAAAGAACACACUAAACCGGUUGUCUUGUACAUUGGUUCUUAACCGAGAAUCAACCGGUUUUUGUAUU